CCGUCGUCGCGCCGGCACGCCUCCCCCAGCAGAUCCGAUCAGAUGCGGGUCCCCGCCGCCGCUUCUACUCCACCACUCUCUAGGUUGUGACACCGUGACACGGGCUCGUGCUAGCUGCCCAGCAUGAGCGCCUCCCAUAAUCUCGUGGGCUUGCGGGUGGCCGCUUUUGGAGUCCAGAGACGCCCGGCCUUCGCUGCUUGCGCUUUUCGGGCGAUUCGAGUCACCACACGUGCAUUCACCUCAGGCCGACUGGAGCAACGCCAACCACCAGCCAUUCUAAGCUUGUGUCCCCCCAGGCCACUACAUCUCCAGAACCACAUCCGGAAAACGUCCUCUACCGCUAUUGUCCGUCAUGCCUCUCAAGCACCCGAUCCGCAUGAACACGACGACGAGUUCCCCACCUCGCCCCCAUUCACCGCUGGUCCCUACUCCACCCUCACCGUUGGCAUCCCCAAGGAGAGCUACCCCGGAGAGCGUCGUGUUGCCAUCACCCCGCAGAACGUCAAGCUCCUGCUCAAGAAAGGUUUCUCUCAGGUCUUGAUCGAGCGUGGAGCCGGCCUGGAAGCCCAGUUCACCGACGAAGCCUACGAGCAAGCAGGCGCCAAGAACGUCGACCGCAGGACUCUCUUCGCAGACAGCGAUAUCCUACUCAAGGUUCGUGCUCCCAGCAUCGAUGGGCCGGACAGCGAGGUCGACGCCAUGCGCGAGGGCGCUACCGUCAUCUCAUUCCUCUAUCCCGUACAGAAUAAGGCGGUCGUAGAGAGACUGUCGUCCAGGAAAGCCACCGCAUUUGCUAUGGAUAUGGUACCGCGCAUUUCGCGUGCUCAGGUUUUUGAUGCAUUAAGCUCAAUGGCGAACAUUGCUGGUUAUAAAGCCAUCUUGGAAGCCUCCAAUCACUUUGGUCGAUUUCUCACGGGUCAGGUCACCGCUGCUGGAAAGAUACCCCCUUGCAAAGUUCUCGUUAUUGGCGCUGGAGUUGCUGGUUUAAGUGCAAUCGCCACUGCCCGACGUAUGGGAGCCAUUGUACGCGGCUUUGACACUCGCUCAGCCGCCCGCGAGCAGGUUCAGUCUCUCGGAGCCGAGUUCAUUGAGGUAGAACUCAAGGAGGAAGGCUCAGGAGCUGGAGGCUACGCAAAGGAGAUGUCCAAGGAGUUCAUCGAGGCUGAAAUGAAGCUGUUCCACGAGCAAUGUCGAGAAGUCGACAUUGUCGUCACUACCGCCCUGAUCCCCGGGAAACCCGCGCCGAGGCUGAUUACGAAAGCUAUGUUGAGCUCGAUGAAACCAGGCUCCGUUGUCGUAGAUCUUGCUGCCGAGGCCGGCGGGAACUGCGAGGCUACGGUGCCAGGAAAACUCUCCAAGUACGAGGGCGUGACCGUUAUCGGAUACACUGAUCUCCCAUCUCGCUUGCCUACUCAAUCUUCGACUCUGUACUCCAACAACAUCACCAAGUUCUUGCUUUCUCUGCAACCCCCGGACAAGAAGGAAAAGUACUAUGAUGUGGAUCUCAAAGACGAAGUCACUCGUGGUGCCAUUGUCACAUACAAUGGCAAGGUUCUUCCUCCGGCUCCUCGACCUGCCCCGCCACCUGCACCCGCUGCAAAGGCCCCAUCUCCCGCGGACCAAGUUGCUAACGUCGUCCAACUCACACCUUGGCAGGAGCAAAGUCGCCAAGUCGCCACGGUCACGGCCGGAAUGACUGCUGCACUUGCCUUGGGCAAAUAUACCGGACCCAUGUUCAUGGGCAAUGCCUUCACCUUCGCACUGGCCAGCCUCAUCGGUUAUCGAGUCGUCUGGGGCGUCGCCCCCGCCCUGCACUCUCCUCUCAUGAGCGUGACCAAUGCAAUCUCAGGCAUGGUAGGAAUCGGAGGUUUCUUCGUCAUGGGCGGUGGAUAUCUGCCGGAAACGAUUCCCCAGACUCUCGGAGCACUGUCCGUUCUCCUUGCCUUCGUCAACGUUUCCGGUGGCUUCGUCAUCACCAAGCGUAUGUUGGAUAUGUUCCGGAGACCUACGGAUCCUCCAGAGUACCCGUGGCUCUAUGCAAUUCCUGCCCUUCUUUUUGGUGGCGGGUACGUUGCUGCAGCUUCCACAGGUAUGGCGGGUCUCGUACAAGCUGGCUAUCUCGUUAGCAGCAUCCUCUGCGUGAGUUCCUUGUCCGGAUUGGCCUCUCAAGCGACUGCCCGUCGUGGCAACAUUCUGGGUAUACUCGGUGUCUUUUCUGGUAUUCUGGCUUCGCUCCUCGCUGUCGGCUUUGACACGGAUGUCCUGGUCCAAUUCGGUGCUCUCGCCACGCUUGGUACCGUUGCUGGAAUGGUCAUCGGCCGUCGCAUCACACCCACCUCCCUGCCGCAAACUGUGGCUGCCCUCCACUCCGUCGUAGGUCUCGCCGCCGUUCUCACUAGCAUUGGCAGUGUCCUUGGGCAUUCCGGCGUGGAGAUCUCCGCCCUGCACAUGGUCAGCGCCUAUCUCGGGGUGUUGAUCGGCGGCGUGACCUUCACCGGCAGCAUCGUUGCUUUCCUGAAACUGGCUGGCAAGAUGUCCUCGAAGCCUCUCGUUCUCCCUGGACGCCAUCUAGUCAAUACGUCUCUGCUUGGGAUGAACAUGGCGACCAUGGGGGCGUUCUUGACCAUGGCUCCUGGGGCGCCCCUGAUAGGUGCGGCGUGUCUCGUGGGGAACACGGUGCUCAGUUUCAUCAAAGGAUAUACCACGACGGCGGCGAUUGGCGGCGCCGAUAUGCCCGUGGUGAUCACGGUGCUGAACGCGUAUUCGGGUUUCGCCCUGGUCGCCGAAGGAUUCAUGUUGGAUAACUCCCUUCUGACGACCGUCGGCGCGCUGAUCGGCGUAUCGGGCUCCAUCCUCUCGUACAUCAUGUGCGUGGCGAUGAACCGAUCAUUGACGAACGUGCUCUUUGGCGGCAUCGUACCGACACAGCAGAGCCAGGCCAAGAUUGAGGGUACCGUGACGAAGACCAGCGCCGAGGAAGUAGCAGAUGCCCUGAUCAAUGCGGAGAAUGUCAUCAUCGUCGUCGGCUACGGCAUGGCCGUCGCCAAAGCCCAAUACGCCAUCUCCGACUUCGUCAAAUACCUGCGCGCCCGCGGCGUCAACGUGCGCUUCGCCAUCCACCCCGUGGCGGGCCGCAUGCCGGGCCAAUGCAACGUGCUCCUGGCCGAAGCGUCGGUGCCGUACGACAUUGUGCUCGAGAUGGACGAGAUCAACGACGAUUUCGGCGACACGGACGUGACGCUCGUGAUUGGGGCCAACGACACGGUGAACCCGAUUGCGCUGGAGCCGGGGAGCAGCAUCGCGGGCAUGCCGGUGCUGCAUGCGUGGAAGAGCAAGCAGGUGGUUGUCAUGAAGAGGGGCAUGGCGAGCGGGUACGCCGAUGUGCCGAAUCCGUUGUUUUAUAUGGAGAAUGCCAAGAUGUUGUUUGGGGAUGCGAAUGAUAGCUGUAAUGCUAUCAAACGCGCGUUGGAGGAGAGGAAGUAGGGGUGAAGUAAGUGGUUGUUGCAAAGGUCUCGGAGGGGCAGUCUUUUGAUGUAUAUGAAGAAGGUAGAGUGUGGCAUAUGGCCGAUCUCCAUACAUAUACAGGGCUAUGUCGGGGAUUCCAUUUCCACC